UACCCUUCGUCUUCAGAAGCAUAUUGUGGCCAAGGUGCCUAAUUCACAUGAGAUUGCCGAUGCUAACUCUCGUCAACACAUUAGGAAACUUGUAAAGGAUGGUUUGAUCAUCCGCACGCCAGUGAAGAUUCACUCUCGUGCUAGAGUUCGCAAGAAUGCAGAGCUUCUUGGUAUCCGACGCAUGCGAGUUCUGCGCAGGUUGUUUAGGAAGUACAGGGAGGCUAAGAAGAUUAAUAAGCAUUUGUACCACGAGCUGUACACGAAGUGCAAUGGUAAUGGUUUCAAGAACAAGCGUGUACUGAUGGAGUUCAUCCCCAAGAUAGGGGCAGAGAAGUCCAAAUCCAAGAUCCUCAGUGACCAGGCUGAGGCUCGUAGACAGAAUGUUAAAGAGGCUCGUCGCAGACAUCAAGAUCGCAUUGCACAGAAAAGAGAAGAGUUGUUGAAAAACAUUGACGAACCCAAGAAAUAA